AUGAUAAUAUUCAUCUUUUUAAUAUAUAUAACUCGUCAAACUUAGAUUGAGAUCUAUUAGUUUAAUGCAAGUUCAAAUUUCAGUGAUGGUAAUGUAUCAUUACUUACAUAAUAGAAUGGGUAGGUGGAUAUUUUAGAAAUUGUGGAGAUGUUGAAUAUUUUGGGCCCUCCAUUAGCAGGAUAUUUUUAAAUUUAGAAUCUCAUUCUCAUAUUAUAGUUGAUGCAUAUCUUCUAAGGUAAUUAUUUUCUAAAUUACAAAGCGAUUAUUCCUCUAUGACUGAUUUUUGGAUAGAUGAAUCAACUCAACCUUAUUACUUAUCCUACAGUUAGAAAUACUGCGGUUCAACAUUAAUAUAUUUUUAUAAUAUUUCUAGAACUCUUCAGCACAAAAGAAGAACUGUUUUGAUGGAAUUUUAUUUACAUCAUGGAGGAUUAAUUUCACUAAAAUUAAGUAUUAUUAAAUGUUAAUAUGAAUGUGCUGGAUGCAUCGAGAAUUAUCAUGCAACAUAUUAAUAAUGGAAGCUACAUUAAUACUCAUUAAAUGAUAAACUAAGCCAAAAUUUAGAUGGAUGGACUUUUGUAUCAAAUAAUAGUUAAUAUUAAAUGUUUGGUUGUGGAGGAUGCUAAUUUUAGUAAUUUCUUGAGCUUAAUUAUUCUACUGAAUUACCUCCUCAUUAAGAUGUAUUAAUCAGGUUUUUUAAAAUUGAUAGGAAUACUUUAAUAGUAAAUUACUUAUAGUAAAUGACAGCAAAAUCCUUCUAUAAUAUUUUUCUGUUGAUUUUCCUAUUCUAGGUUAAGAACUUCUUAUGA